CAUGCAUUAAUUAAUUUAUAAAUAGUCCCUCCCUCUCUAUUCGAAUCUCUUAGCCCUAGCGCCCCCCACACUUCCUCAGUCUCUCCCUCUCCCUCUCUCUCUCUGAGCCCUAGCUCUCCGUCCUCCAUGGAGUUCUGGGGUGUUGAAGUCAAACCUGGUCAGUCCCUUGAAGUGAAUCCUGAUUUUACCAAGAUCAUACAUCUUUCUCAGGCUGCAUUGGGUGAAUCUAAGGACAAAGGGAAGGAAUCUAUCCCCCUUUUUGUAAAGAUUGGUGAUAAGAAGCUUGUUUUAGGAACACUAUCCCCUGAAGUUUGCCCUCAGCUAGCUUUCGAUAUUGUGUUUGAGCAAAAGUUUGAACUCUCUCAUAACUGGAAAAAAGGGAGUGUUUACUUUUUAGGUUAUGAAGCUGUUGUUCCAGCUGGGAGCGACUAUUCUGACUCUGAGUCCGAUUCUGAAGAGGAAGCUCCAUUGCUGUCUGAGAAUGGAAAUUUAGAACUAAAGGUUGAGGCUACAAAGGCUGAUACGACUAAGGCUAAUGCAGCCAAACCCGAAUCUUCUGAAAAGCCAAAGGUGAAAAUUGUAGACCCUAAAGAAAGCAAGUCCAAAAAAGAUGAAGACAAUGAGGAAGACAGUAGCGAUGAUGUAGAUGAGGAUUCUGAAUCUGAUGAAUCUGAUGAUGAGGAAAUGGACCAAAUGGUUGAUGGUGACGAUAGUUCCGACGACGAUGAAGAUGAUGAAGAGGAUGAGGAUGAAGAUGAAGAAACGCCAAAGAAGGCUGAACCAAGCAAGAAGAGACCCUCUGAAUCUGCCGUAAAAACACCUGUUCCAGAUAAGAAAGCCAAAUUGGUUUCACCUCAGAAGACAGGUGGUAAGAAGGGUGGUCAUACGGCCACUCCCUAUCCUAAGCAGGCUGCCAAGACUGCUGCCGCGAAGGACAAGCCAAAGGCUCAAACCCCGAAGUCUGGCGGCCAAGUCUCUUGCAAAUCUUGUAGCAAGACUUUCAACUCGGAGAGUGCUCUGCAGAAUCACUCCAAGGCUAAACAUAGUGGCAAAUAGACUCCUUACCGCCCAGUGUUCGCUGCUGUUGCAUCUUCUGGCAUUUGUGGGCAGUUAACGGUGUGAGAAAUAUAGAGCAAUGUGUUUCUAAGUUUUGGUUACUUUCUUUUUUGGGUAGUAAGCGUUGAAACUCGUUCUAGUAGUAGCGUUAAAAUGCUUAGUUCUUUGUACUAGUAUUUCUAUUGGUUACCUCUAUUUUGAUGGUGUUUUUGUAUUGUGUUAUUUAAUGUUGCAUCAUACUAUAGACCUAUUAUGGUCCGUUCCUUGCGUGGAUGUCAUAUAUGCGAGAGCUUUGUGCAUUUGAUAGUUA